ACUCACUUCCUUUCUUGCCGGAAGUGCCAAAGGUGGCAGGCGCACGCUGUCGUUUGUGCUGACAAAAAGCAAUCCUGGAUCUUAAAUUCCACCGCGCUCUGUUCACAAUUCACGGAAUCCGCUUUUUCACCCGAUAACAGAGGUAACUUUCUACUGGCAUGUCGCGUUUCUUCGCAACUGGAUCCGACUCCGAGUCGGAGGAGUCAUCCUCUGCCGACGAGAUCACUCCCAAAGCAACCGGGACCACUUUCACCAAGCAGGUCCUGUUGCUUAGCGACGAUGAGGAGGACACCAAGAGAGUGGUGCGCAGCGCCAAAGACAAGAGGUUUGAGGAGCUGACCAACCUGAUCAAGACGAUCCGUAACGCCAUGAAGAUUAAAGACGUCUCCAAGUGUCUGGAGGAGUUUGAGCAGUUAUGUCGAGCGUUCGUCAAGAGUAAAAACAUCGUGGACAAGGAGGGCGUGCCCAAGUUCUACAUCCGCCUACUGGCUGACCUCGAGGAUUACCUCAACCAGCUGUGGGAGGAUAAGGAGGGGAAGAAGAAGAUGAAUAAGAACAACGCUAAGGCCCUCAGCACCCUCAGGCAGAAGAUCCGCAAGUACAACCGCGACUACGAGACCGAAAUCGCCAGCUACAAGGAGAAUCCUGACCAGUCUGCUGAGGAGGAAGAGGAGAAGGAUGACGCUGAGUCAGGUUCUUCCUCGGACAGUGAUGAUGAUGACGAUGCUGAGGUGACGGCUAAGAGCCUGCUGAAGAAGAAACCUCCUGCAGCCGAGCCCACGCCGGACGCCAGCAAGUUCCUCAAGACCGCAGGGGAUGAGGAGUCUGAGAGUGACGAUGAUGAGGAUGAUGACGACUGGGGUUUGGAGUCUCCGGACAGCAGCAGUGAGAGCAUUGGAGAGGACGGAGGCAGCCUCCUGGCAACAGCCUUCCUCAAGAGGCCUCAAGAUGGCGAUGUGGAGCGUCAGCCUGCGGACCGCAAGAAGGAGAAGAGGAAGGUGAAGGUGAAGGAGAGGAUUGAGGAAGAGGAGGCUGAAGACCAGCAGGAUGAAGAAGCAGGAUGGGAGAAGGUCAAGGGAGGCGUGCCCCUCGUUAAGGAGAAACCGAAGAUGUUUGCCAAGGGGACUGAGAUCAACAUUCCUGUGGUCGUCAAGAAGCUCAACGAGAUCCUCCAGGCCAGAGGCAAGAAGGGAACCGACAGGGCUGCCCAAAUUGAGCUGCUCCAUGCCUUGGCUGCCAUUGCUGGUGAGAAUAACCUGGGGGAGGGCAUCCUGGUCAAGAUCAAGUUCAACAUCAUCGCCUCCCUCUACGACUACAACCCCAACCUGGCUGCAUUCAUGAAGGCUGACAUGUGGAAGAAGUGUCUGGACUGUAUCGAUGAGCUGCUUGACAUCCUCUUCAAUAACAACAACAUCUUCAUCGGGGAGAACAUCGCAGAGGACAGCGAGAGCCUGGCAGUCUCAGAAGCGCAGCCCUUCAGGGUGCGUGGCUGCAUCUUGACUCUGGUGGAGAGAAUGGACGAGGAGUUCACCAAAAUCAUGCAGAACACUGACCCCCACUCCCAAGAGUACGUGGACAACCUGAAGGACGAGGCGCGUGUGUGUGCGAUCGUGGACCGGCUGCUGUCCUACCUGGAGAGCAAGGGCAGCACGGAGGAGGUGUGCCGUGUCUACCUGCGGCGCAUCAUGCACACCUACUACAAGUUCGACUACAAGGCCCACCGACGCAGCCUGGGCCUGCAGGGAGGGGAGAGCAAGUCUGAGGUGGACCAGGAGGAGAGUGAGGGGGAGGACAGUGCGGUGAUCAUGGAUCGCUUGUGUAAGUUCAUCUAUUCUAAGGACCGUACGGACCGCAUCCGCACCUGUGCCAUCCUGUGCCACAUCUACCACCACGCGCUGCACUCGCGCUGGUACCAGGCCCGCGACCUCAUGCUCAUGAGCCACCUGCAGGACAACAUCCAGCACGCAGACCCCCCCGUACAGAUCCUCUACAAUAGGACCAUGGUGCAGUUGGGCAUCUGUGCGUUCCGCCAGGGCAUGAUUAAGGACGCCCACAACGCGCUGUUGGACAUCCAGUCCAGCGGGCGCGCCAAAGAGCUGCUGGGACAAGGACUCCUGAUGAGGAACAUGCAGGAGCGCAACGCAGAGCAGGAGAAGAUCGAGAAGAGACGACAGGUGCCGUUCCACAUGCACAUCAAUCUGGAGCUGCUGGAGUGUGUGUACCUGGUGUCGGCCAUGCUGCUGGAGAUUCCGUACAUGGCCGCUCACGAGUUUGACGCCCGACGUCGCAUGAUCAGCAAACAGUUUCACCAUCAGCUGAGAGUGGGAGAGAGACAGCCGCUACUGGGUCCCCCUGAGAGUAUGCGUGAGCAUGUGGUGGCGGCCUCCAAGUCGAUGAAGAUGGGCGACUGGCGCACGUGUCACGGCUUCAUCAUCAACGAGAAGAUGAACAGCAAGGUCUGGGACCUGUUCCCCGAGGCCCAGCGCGUACGGGAGAUGCUCGUCAGGAAGAUUCAGGAGGAGUCUCUCCGCACAUACCUGUUCACGUACAGCAGCGUCUACGACUCAAUCAGCAUGGAGACGUUGUCUGAGAUGUUUGAGUUGGAGCUGGCUACAGUCCACAGCAUCAUCAGCAAGAUGAUCAUCAACGAGGAGCUCAUGGCAUCUCUGGACCAGCCGACCCAGACGGUGGUGAUGCAUCGUACGGAGCCCACUCCUCUCCAGAACAUGGCUCUGCAGCUGGCCGAGAAGCUGGGCGGCCUCGUGGAGAACAACGAGCGCGUCUUCGACCUCAAGCAGGGCGUCUACGGAGGAUACUUCAACAGAGACGGCGGUUACCAGCAAAACAAAGGAUACCACAGAGACGGUGGCGGUUACCAGCAGAACAAAGGAUACCACAGAGAUCAGAAAGGCGGAUACCAGCAGAAGCGAGAGGGCUACCAGAGAGACGGUGGCGGUUACCAGCAAAACAAAGGAUACCACAGAGACGGUGGCGGUUACCAGCAGAACAAAGGAUACCACAGAGACGGCGGUUACCAGCAAAACAAAGGAUACCGAGACCAGAGGGGCGGGUACCAGCAGAAGAGGGAUGGUUACCGAGGAGGCGGCGGAGGCGGAGGAGGAGGCGGGUACCACAACCGGAACCAGAACCAGAACAACUACUAAUGAUGCUGAUGCUGCUGACCCGUCACCACGGCUACCACAUCCGCAUCCAUCCCAACACAUUACGUCUCCAUUCCAGAACCCCAUCCCCAUGGUUACAG